CCGGAAAUUAGGGCGUUCUUUUCCUCCAAUCAGGGCUUGCGCUCUUAGUGGCAAGCAGGAAUCGCAGGGCCCUUGCGUGCUGAAGUCAGCUGUGGGCAAUGAAUGAUGCUCAGCUGAGCACUUAGCAAGGCUUGCCAUGCCAGCUGGGCAGAGUCAAGCACUGGCAUCCCACGGGUGCGCCGUCCGUCGUUACCGUCCCAAAAAAGCAGUAGCCAGAUGACCAAGGGAGAUGCGGCGGUGUCGUGACCGCCAGCUAAACAUGUGGCAGUCGUCGUGACGAGCAAGUGUCUCGAUUGUAGGGUUUCGUCCCAGUCACAAAUUGGCCGCUGACUUGGCUCCCUUUCAGUGGCUGCGUCCGAGAAGGAUGCUUUCAGUGCGCCUAACCUCCCUCCCUCCCCGUUCCAGCCUCUUUCCGUCGCACGCCGACUGCCGCGCGAGACUCUUGUCCGUCGCACGAACACCACACAGGUGCACAACAGAGAGUCUAGGGUUGCGUGAUGGCAGAAGCUCGGUUUCGCGCAUCGCUUAAGGAACGGCGCGCGGAUAAACGGGGGGAGCGGAUAGACGGGGGGAGCGGAGACACCGUGGGAGGAAACGGGGGAACCGCGGAAUUUCGGGGGCCCACACACGUGAGGUCACUCACGCUCAUGGGGGGUUGCCCGCCCGCUCUUUCAGGGGAUCGUCUUCCAUCGGCUCCGGGCGAUGUCGUCGCCCUGGAGGAACCAGCAGGCCUCCUCUAGUUCAGCGGUGUAGAUAAUCCCUAGAGAAAAUACGAAGGAGUGUAUACCAGUGGUAAGUAGGUUUGGUCGUCUGCGUCGCCGCUAGCGGGAUCCUCGCACCACUUGUUCCCUGCUACUUGUCCGAGAUUCCUACUUUCCAACUCUCGUCAAAACGCAGUCGUUCCUAAAAUUACUUCUCAGAACGUUCGGAAAGCUCUCGAAAAGUUCAUCGCCGGUUGCUAGUCGGCUUACCAGAGGGACAACUUGACCCUUGAUGUGGAAUUUCCUCCACACCUUUGAACUAGCCUUCUUUUCAGAGCUCUUGAAACCGAGACGCGAGCUUGUGUUGUUACUGUACCAGGUCAACUUGACCCCUGCAGUGGAAUUCCCUCCACACUUUUGACGUAGCCGUUUUUCAGAGCCCUUGACUCGAGGUUCGAGCCCUUGAAUUGGAAUUGUCUAUCCUCUCGCCUCUUCGCAAAAGCGAGGAUAGUUUCUGAUGGAAGUUUGUCUUGGAGGAGCACUUGAAAGUUGAAACGAGAGCUCUGGCCUGGGCUUCUGCUAGCAACGAUAAGCUCUACAACCCCACUUCAUCUGAGCUUCUAUUCUGAGCGAUAUGCUCUAUCCCCUUCGCCUGCGUGAGCCUGUUAGAGCCUGUGAUUCUUGUCAGCCACCUCAGCAUAUCGCCUCUUCCAGCUUGUUGGUUGGAGCUUCCAGCCUGAUCCGAUAAUAGCCUGAGUCUCAAAACCUCCGUCUCAGAUUAAUCCGUGAUCUUUCUAACUCCGUAACGUGCGGAAACGCCGUGACGUUUGAGUUGGUGGUUCUUCAGUCUCGUUACCAAUCACCUCAGGUAUAAUGAGGUCUAUUAUGUUAACUUUAGGAGUGAGAAAGAAGAAUUCCGGUGGCACUAAGGAGAGGAGUAGGCGCGUCACUGGAGCGCUUUGGAAACCAGAGGAAGACAAGAUUUUACUGGACCACGUGGCAAGGCAUGGCACAAACAAGUGGAGACUUAUCAAGUCUAUGGGUCUUCUGCCCUCACGAAACCACAAGUCGUGCUGUAACCGCUUCAUCGUGCUGAAAAGAAAGCUGUCCAGGCUCCAGCAAACGACGGCACGUAUGGACUUCGCCGAUUUUGAGGCCUUUCAUCAGCUGCACCAGCGUAUGGCACACAGGGACAUGCCUGAUUGUGGGAUGUCGCAGAAUCUGCACCAGAGCUCGGCACACACGGACAUGGAUGGGAAGGCGAUGAUGGCUGAGAAAUUGCAGACGAUGAGGACGAUUGCAGAACAGAAAAAUUCAAAAGAAAGUUCCGAUCGACUUCUCACCACCUCAUCGUAUCAGCAUCAGUACACUGCAGCAUGGGACAUGGCCGAGAGAAUGAUGAUGCCGAUGGAACCUGAGAUUCAAGCAGCGACAACAGUAACGAGUCAACUCAUUAUGGGGGAUGAAGAAGAAGCAGCAGCAGCAGCAGCAGCAGCAGCAGCAGCAGGAGCAGGAGCGGGGGUGCUUGAAAUUGCGAGCCCAACAGCCAUGGACUCCCAAUCCCCAUGCUCAUUUGAGCAUAAAAUUCUAGCAAUGCCAAAUUUUCCAACAACGCAGCAGCUCCUCUCAUCAUCACUCCUCCCAUCAUCUCUGUCUCAACCCCUUCUCCACGCCACGUCAGAUCCCUCAGCCUCGCCCCAUGUCCCACCCAUGGCAACUCUCCUCCCCCCUCCAUCUCCCACUCUUCCUCAUCAUCGCCCUCUUCCUCAGGAAGGAAUUGACAUUAACACCUUUUCACUGGUGGGCUCACCUAUGCAGGAACUGAAGCAGAUUGAAGCCUUUCUACUGGGUGCAUUGCCUUCUCAGCAGGGCAAUGCCUAUGGUCUGUUCAACAUUUGCAGCAGCUCGCAAUCAGAAAUGGAGCAGAUGCCACUUGACUCUGCGGCUGCAGUUAACAGGACUCACAGAUUUGUCUGUACAGAUUUUACUGACGCGAGUACAUGUCCACCGGUUGCGGAUGUUGCUGCUGAUGCUGACUUUCCCAACUUUGCUGGUGCGCUCUCUGCUGGUGCGCUCUGUGCUGGUGCCGUGUCUGGUUCAGCUGACACACGCGAUGCUGAUGCGGUUUCGAAUGGAGGUUUGAGGUGCCUCGAAGCUGUCUGUCAUGGUGGAGCUGAUCCCUGCUGCAAUGCUGACAUUGUGCUCUCAAGUGCUGGGCCUGAUGUGGUCGCUGCUGCUGCUGCCUCUGCAGUGGAUGCACUCGCUCCAAUGGCUGCUGACACCGCGAGGGAUGCACUCGCUGCACUGGUGGCUGACACCACGGCAUUGUCCCGCCUAAUUGAGGCUGAGAUGAGGAGAAUCGACGAUACCCUGCUGCAGUUAGCUCAUAUGCCCAAACUUGCAACCGAAUUUUCAGCCGAAAUUUCUCCUGAAUCUUCACUCGCAUCAGCUCUGGAGGGCCAGACUUCUUUGGAAUUGACUCGAGGGCUGUUACCAUGGUCCUCUCUCCAUCCGGCAAGCACAGUGCAAUCUCCGCAUCUUGCAAGCACAGGGCAAUCUCCGCAUCUUGCAAGCACAGGGCAAUCUCCCCUUCCAGCAAGCACAGUGCAUUCCGCCGCACCAAUUUUUACGUCACGGCCAGCAGCAUUGCUGUCAGGUACUUCCUCUUGGUUUCAACCACCGCUGGCACCAGCUACUGCUGCUUCUGCUGCUGUGGCUGGUGCUGCGCUUGCUACUGUUUUUUCCACUCCUGCUGCUACCGCUGUGCUUUAUCCACUGAGCUGCAUCUCUCUCCCAAAGAUGCGCCCCGCUGAGGCUGACCGUUUGAAGCCAGAUGAACUGUUUGAAGCGAGGUGCAAUGGGUCGAUAUGCAGGGUGAGUUACCAGUAGAUGGCAUGCCAUGGCGUGGCAUGCCACAUCGUUCGAUGACUAGUAUCGCAUGCUCAGGUUGAUGGCAUGGUUCUACCGUAUUUUGCCACAUGUUUUAUUGCAUGAUUUAUGCUCUGGCUGGGCAUUUCAGGUACCAUGUACAAUAUGUGCAUAAUAACAAUUUCUGUAUGAUGGAUAUAAUUUUUCU